AUGUCCCAAGAAAAAAAACUCCUGUUGGCCAUUGCUGGUGCAGGCGCACUCGGCGCCGCCUUGUACACCACACAGGGCUCGGGCGACAAAUCUGCCAACAAGACGCGCGAUAAGAAAAACAUGGGCCUCGAGGGCGCGGGCAUCGCCGGCACCGGAGCGGCUGGAGGCAACGAAAGAGCCGUCGACCCGAGCGAGGAUAAAAAGGUCAAGACGACGGCGCCUCGAGACAAGCUGCCGUCGGGAGGUGUAGGCGGUGGCGCGGGCGCGGGCGGGAUGGGUGCCCGAUCGAUUGAACUGCCAGGGGCCUCGAGAGGAUGA